CUUUUCAUCCAAUGACCGCCUUCCGCAAGCCACACGCGCAUCCCUUGAGGCGGGGCAGCGCGCACAGUGCAAGGAACAGAGGCCAGACAAACGGCGCAUUUCCACAUCCACCAUCGUAUUUUCACCAAAAUAUAUAAACAAACCGGACGUCGCGCGGAAUAAUACCGGUUUAUUUAUGCGGGAAAGGCAUUCUGAACACCAGUAAGCGUCCGCGAGACAGUGGAGAGCGCACGAGGGAUUGCCCAACGAGGAAAGCCUCGGAAACGGCUGGGGAAAGAAGGCCUCGCACAACGCUUUUAGACCUGCGGGGAAAAGUGAAGAGCGCCGCCUGACGACCGCCGUGCAGCGGGGUGACUCGAUCAGGACACAGCGGUGCGCUCCAGAAGCUCUGACAAAAUCUGAAGAGCGCCGCCGACUGUUCGCCACAGGGCCUUUGUUAUUUUGAGGCUCUGGAUUCAUAUCUGGCACAAGAAUGCAUACUGAACCCUGUCAUUGUAAUUCAUAACCUCUGCUUAUGGUCACACACAGCACACCAAGCAUCUUGACAUCUUAAGUAUCACCCUCAGGUUUAGUACUGUAAUAGUUACCAUGAAUGGCCAGGAGUACGUAGAGCAUCAGUAUAUGUGCAGUGAGUGUCAGCAGCUCUUUAAUACAUUAGAGGAGGUGCUAGUGCACCAACAGAUCCAUACUGGAGGAGAGGGGGAAGAGGUCCAGCCUAGCCAUGAGGAUUUUGAAACUGGUGAGAGCCAGUAUCAAUGCCUGGAGUGUGGAGCCAUCCUCAGGAACCCAGAUGAACUGCUGCUUCAUCAGGAGCUGCACAUGAGGGAGGCAGGGCAGGAGAUUUGUGAGGUCACCGAAGUGGGUGGAGCCAGUUCAGAAGUGCCAAUCCAAUACCAGUGUCUGGAAUGCCUGGCUCUCUUUGACACACCUGAUCUGUGGUUGGCACACAGGCAGACACACAGCAGAAGCAGUACCCACAGCACAUUAAGCACUGAAACAGAAUUUGUUCUUCAGCCAGACGGGUCAGUCACUCAGGUUCAGUCGCACAAUGUGCAAAAUCUUGUUUUGGAUGAGCAAAGGGCAGGCCAGAUCCUAACCUUAGCCCAGGCUCUUCGAGAUCAAGAAGCUCCAUCUAAGUCUGCAGCCCCUGCCAGAGCUGUGCUAGUCCCAGCAAACGCUUCCCUGUCUGGCUCCUCCUCUGCUAUGCUCCGCCUACAGUUCUGCUCCGCCCAAGCUAUCGCUGACGGUUCUGCCUCAAAUGCUCUCCGAAAAGGCAAACUCUUCGCGCCCCUCUUACCUACCGAUCCUAUCAGGUUGGACAACGUGACCACUUUGAACCUUCUCGCCACCUCUGGCCAGGUGAACGUGGUAAAGCGAGAAGAAGAAGAAAUUUUAAUUAUCCAUCCUUACGAAUGUUCCGAGUGUAAUCUGCUAUUCAGCACGCCGGAGGAUUUUCUCCAACACCAGGGGGAGCACUUCUUAGCCCAGGACAAGGAAAGUGGGGGUACUGGGGUGAUGGUGGGGUAUGAAGACAGUUCUGCAACUAAGGAAGACGAAAGAAGAAAUGACGGCUCAGAAGAGGGCAGAGUCACUGGUGGGAGACGGGUACACGGCGCCCCUUUUGCCGGUCAGGGUUUGACAUCUCCCAUCUCUCCCAGCAGUCUUCAGUGUGAGGAGUGCAAUAGAACGUUCACCACAGCCAAUCGGCUCGCUGCACACAUUCGUGUGCACGAACAAGGAACUCACGAGUGCCCAGAGUGUGAUAAAGUGUUUAAGAAACUGGUGUCACUUCAGACACACAUGCGUACACAUUCUGGUGAGGCACGUUUUCUGUGUGUCGACUGUGGACAUUGCUUCACCACAGAAAUGACACUUAUGAUACACAGGAAAUCUCAUACGUCUGAACCACUGCACAGUUGUCCGUUUUGUGCUAAAAGCUUCACCAACAUGACCAAAUUCCUUUACCAUCGUCGCACCCACAGAAUCCGUGAGCCGGUGGGGCCAGAAACUCCGUUUGUAAUGGCGAAGCAGUCGUCGCUGUCGAUCAUUCAAAGAGCAAAAGAGCGCGAGGCUGCAUGGAAGAAACAACGUCAGGAACCCUCAGUCUCCCCUUUGAAAGAUCACGAUGAGACCGGUCCUGUUCUCAUCGAAGGCAUUGCUGUGGUCUCCCAGUCUGCGGAGCCAACAGAGAACGGAUUUUAUGCAGAACAAACACAAAAUGGAGGAAGGAUGCAAGCGUGUGACCCAAACCAUUCAACUACUGGCAAAGUGGAAGGAAGCGGAAAAGAGGAAAGCAACUCCAAAAUUCCUGUUGCAGAGGAAGAACUAAAAUUCCCUUGCCCUACUUGUAAGAAAAGAUUCUCCUCGCAGGUUCGUUUGUUGCGUCAUCGCAGAACCACUCACACCGCCGAAAGACGCUUCAGUUGCACCAUCUGCGGUAAACUCUUCAAGAAGCAGAUCCACUUGCGCAAUCACCUGCGCACCCACACGGGCGAACGUCCGUUUCAGUGCAGCGUGUGUGGAAAGACCUUCUCGUCUCUCGCUAAUCUGUCCCGCCACGGACUCACGCACACCGGAGUCCGUCCGUACAGGUGUGACGUUUGCCACAAAGCCUUCAGCCAAUCUUCAAAUCUCCGUCAACACCGUCAGCAUCUUCACGGCAAUGCCAUGCCCUCACCCUGUCCGGACUGCUCCGCCUCUUUUAUCCGUCCUGCUAAACUCGUAGCGCACCGUUUUCUUCAUCACCCAGGAUCACCAGCACCAUACCCAUGCCCACACUGUUCUGAGGGGUUCUUGCGCAAACGUCAACGAGACUUGCAUUGCCUGGAGCAACAUCCCAACCUUACAAACCCACACAACAUCUCCCAGGAUUCUCAGGUUGGCAGUCAGCAGACAGAUAUGACGAUCGAGCAACAGAGCGUUCCAUCAGUAUUAAAAACCAAUCUGGAGUGUAACAUCUGCGGCAAGCGCUUAAACUCUUCUGCAAAUCUUCGCCUGCACCAGCUAAGUCACAGACUUGGGCCAGGUAGACCACGAGGCUCCGCCUCAUCUGCUGGGAAGUCCCACCCUUGCCUGGUAUGUGGAAAGCUAUUUGUUUCGGCCUCGAGCGUUACACUACAUCAGAGAGUUCAUACGGGAGAGCGUCCGUAUCCUUGUUCGAUCUGCGGCAAGCGGUUUCGCCAAAACGCGCACCUGCGUGAGCACCUUCGCACACAUUCGGGCGAGCGUCCGUUUCGCUGCGAGUUCUGUGAUAAAGCCUUCGUGCAGAGCAUGCAUCUGUCAGAACACCGGCGUACACACACGGGUGAGAGACCACACGCUUGCGUCGAAUGUGGAAAGACUUUCAAGACCAUCUCAAACCUUAGGAACCACCGCAAAACCCACACUCGCACCCAAAAGCAACCGGAGCCGGAGCAAAAUGGAGACGCUAGUUCAGAAAUCGACAUGGCGACUUUUGCUGUUGUGGAGGCUUCUGAGCUCGACCUUACAAAUGCAGUACCAGGUUUUUGUCAGCAGGGGGUGCAGCUUGGACAGUCCCAAGUCAUUCAGAUACAAACAUCCAAUCUGUCACAGACUCAAGGCAUGCCCACUAUUAUGUGUAAUGAGUUUGGAGAGCCAAUUGCCAUUAUAGAGACGAGUGGAGAUUUGGCGGAGGCCAUUGAGCUGUACCACACUGCACUGGAGGGUGGCAUCAACAUGGAGGCCAUCACUGUGGACAACCUGCAGUUAAUGUGAGACCUAUAAAAACCCAUGCAACAUUUCAGUGGCCAUUUUGGAUCACCUCAAACAGGAAGAUCACCGGGAAUGAUGCUCGAAUAGACAAAAAGCCACAUUGAUGUUUUUGCGAACAGGUGUAUCACCAAACAGCCACUCUCUUAGAUCAGUUUUAUGCAUUUUUACUUUACUCCCAAAAAGCAGAUGGAUUUAGUGUGGCUUGUGAUGGACAUAAAAUGAGGCUCAAUGUAGAGGAUGCAAGAUCUAAAAUAAAGUUUUAGUCUGUGGUAGGGUGGUUGAUGACCCAAUACAUACUGUAUACCACUAUUGUUCAGACAUUUAUGACAAGGGCAUGACUACACAGAUUUUUAGACAGACGU